AUGAAACAGAUAGAAGGCACACUACUUAAGUGCAGUGAUAGAUAAACAGAGCUAAAGAUGCGAUCCCAAUUCGUCCUGGCCUUUGCUCUUGUGGCUCUUGUGGCUGUUUAUGCCGCAGACACCUCAAGUACCACCACAUCCGAUCCAUCAUCCUCAACCUCUUCCACUUCUUCAACUCCUUCGAAUUCAACAUCCUCGACUUCUUCAACACCUUCGAGUUCGACUAACUCCACAAGUCCCUCCAGCACUUCUUCGACUUCAACUCCCUCAAAUUCAACCACCUUGACUUCGACCACACCAACGGCUAGUACCUCGCCCACUACCUCUUCGUCCUCCACACCCACUGCCUCCACCUUGACGUCCUCGGGAUCCAGCAGCAAGAAGUCGUCGUCGUCCAAGCGCCGGGCCAAGCGUCUCCGGCAGAAGCGCCGUGAAAGGCGUCGCGAAAGGAGGCAGCGCCAGCGCCAGCGCAACCGUCGCAGUUAA